AUGUCAGCUCUUCCGCAGCCGAAGAAGAACUACCGCUGCGUGCCGACGCUGCAGCAGGUCUACACUGGUGGUCCCUUCGUUUUCUCCUCUGAUGGCUCUUUCAUCGCCUGUGCUUGUGGCGAAACCAUCAACAUUGUUGAUUCUGGUGAUUUCUCGAUAAAGGGUACCAUCGAGGGCAACAACGAGGCUGUUACGGCGCUCACGCUUAGCCCCAAUGAUAAACUGCUAUUCUCUGCCGGCCACAGCAGGCAAAUUAGAGUCUGGAACUUGUCCACUCUGAAAUGUGAGCGCUCUUGGAAGGGCCAUGAUGGUCCGAUUAUGGCCAUGGCGUGCCAUGCCUCCGGAGGGUUGCUUGCAACUGCAGGAGCUGAUAGAAAAGUUCUUGUGUGGGAUGUGGAUGGCCAUUUCUGUACUCAUUUCUUCAAAGGGCAUACAGGGGUUGUCACUUGUAUUAUGUUCCAUCCUGAUCAUAAUCGAUCUCUUCUUCUGUCUGGAAGUGAUGAUGGAGCUGUACGAGUUUGGGAUCUUCUUGGAAAGAAGUGUGUAGCGACACUAGCGAAGCAUUUUUCAACUGUGACAUCUAUGGCAGUCUCUGAAGAUGGUUGGACAUUGCUCACUGCUGGAAGGGAUAAGGUUGUGAAUGUGUGGGACCUGCAUGACUAUGCCUUCAAGACGACUAUACCUGCGUAUGAGGUGUUAGAAGCUAUAUGUAUAAUUCACACCGGGACCCUCUUUAGUUCAUUUCUGGGUGCACUCAGUCCACAUAAUGGAAAAGGCACUAGUGAUACAUCAGCAAUUCAUUAUGUCACAGUUGGUGAACGUGGCAUUUUACGAAUAUGGAACUCUGAACGUGCAGUGUGUUUGUAUGAGCAGAAGUCCUCAGAUGUCACAGUCACCUCUGAAAUUGAUGAUGAGUCAAAAAGAGGCUUCACUGGUGCUGUAAUUCUUCCCCGUGAUGGAGGAUUGGUUUCUGUGACUGCUGAUCAACAGUUUCUAUUCUACUCUUCGAUUGCUGAUGGACAGUUGGUAUUAACCAAGAGGCUUGUUGGCGACAAUGAGGAAAUACUCGACAUGAAAUUUUUGGGCGAGGAGGAAAACUUUCUUGCUGUUGCUACAAAUCUUGAACAGGUCCGAGUAUAUGACUUGGCAUCUAAGUCAUGCUCCUAUGUUUUGUCAGGUCAUGCAGACAUUAUCUUAUGUCUUGAUACUUGCAUUUUAAGUUGUGGAAGGGUACUUAUUGCAACAGGAAGCAAGGACAAUACGGUUAGGUUGUGGGAUUCAGAAAGCCGGAAAUGUGUUGGUAUUGGCAAGGGUCACAUGGGAGGCAUUGGUGCUGUUGCAUUUUCAAGGAAGGAGAAAAACUUUCUUGUUAGUGGUUCCAGCGACCGUACAAUCAAAGUUUGGAGUUUCGAUGGCAUCUCUUAUGAUGUUGACCAACCAACUGGUUUGAAAGCGAAAGCAGUUGUAGCUGCCCAUGAUAAGGAUAUAAAUUCGCUGGCAGUGGCACCAAAUGAUCGUUUCGUGUGUACUGGUUCGCAGGACCGCACUGCUUGUGUGUGGAGGCUACCAGAUCUGGUGUCAGUGGUCGUACUCAGAGGACACAAGCGAGGAGUUUGGUCAGUCGAGUUUUCUCCCGUUGAUCCAUGUGUCAUAACAGGAUCAGGUGAUGCAACAAUAAAGAUAUGGAGCAUAGCUGAUGGAUCCUGCAUUAGGACAUUUGAAGGUCACACAUCAAGUGUAUUGAGAGCAUCAUUUCUCACUCGCGGCACCCAAUUUGUUUCAUGCGGAGCUGAUGGAUUGGUCAAACUAUGGACAAUUAAAACAAACGAAUGCAUUGCCACAUAUGAUCAACACGAGGACAAGGUUUGGGCCUUAGCUAUUGGGAAAAAGACAGAAAUGUUUGCAACUGGUGGUGGUGAUGCUGUAGUCAAUCUGUGGUAUGAUUCAACUGCUGCUGACAAGGAGGAAGCAUUCCGUGAAGAGGAGGAACGUGUAUUAAAAGGCCAAACAUUGGAGAAUGCUGUACAAGAUGGUGAUUUCUCAAAGGCUAUCCAAAUAGCAUUUGACCUCAAUAGGCCUCGGAAACUCUUUCAGUUAUUUUCUGAAAUCUGCAGGAAGAAAGAUGAUCGCCACCAGAUGGAGAAAGCUCUCUGUGAUCUUGGGCAGGAACAGUUGCGUCUGCUUUUCGAAUAUGCCCGCGAGUGGAACACAAAACCGAAGAUGUGUCAUAUCGCUCAACUGGUGCUGUUUCAAGUAUUCAACAGCAUUUCUCCAUUAGUGAUCCUCGAGAUAAAGGGUAUCGGCGAGGUGCUUGAGGGACUGAUUCCAUAUACACAGAGGCAUUUCAGCAGGAUAGACCGAGUUGUGAGGAGUACGUAUUUGGUCGACUACUCUCUGGCUGGAAUGGGGGUAGUGGAGGCAGAUGUUGAUGAUGCAAAGGAAGAUCGAAAAGGCAGCAGAGAGGAAGAAGAGCAAGAUCAUGCUCAGAAUAAUGGUGAAGCGUUGGAAGAUACAACUCGGACAAAGAAAAGGAAAUCCAGUAAAACUGGGAAGGCGAAAAGUAAGAAACUGAAGGGUUAA